GCGACAUUUUCUCCAGGACAAUGUAUCCAGAAAUCAAUACACCUUGUGCAGGCGCAGGCGCGGUGUUAAAUACGCGCAACGCACGUAACACACAACGAUGGAAUUGUCAGUGUGUUUUAUAAUUAUUGACAGAAAGUAUCCCUGUUAAUUGUUAAACUGACUUACCUUCAGUUUAUAGUCUUCCAGAGGAAUCAAUUUAUUUGUUAAAAAUGGCUCGCAAUAUACACGGGAAAGUUUAUUUGGGAUACGAAGAUGAAUGUGUUACAGAAAAGUAUCGCUGUCUCGUGAAUUUUACAACAAAUAAAAUCGGCGGUAAACCGGAUUGGCACUCCAGCAAAACGUCAGAUUCAUCACCUCGAUGCAGCCUCUGUGGUCUGCAACAAUUGUUAGCCCUGCAAGUCUAUGCGCCUUUAGAGAACUCCAAGUACCACCGUACGCUGUACAUAUUCACGUGCAUUAAUCCAAACUGUUGGAACCAGAAUGAAAGCUGGACUUGCAUUCGAGUACAAUCAAUCGAAGAUACGACUAGCAUAAAUGCUUCAGCUAGUAGUAGCGUUCGAGCAGAUUCAGCGACAAACUGGUUGUCUGAUGCAGAUGACUGGGGAAAUGAUUCGAAUGACAAUAUGACAGAGCAGAAUGGAAAUAACGUAGCAUUUAAUCAAAAGCAAUUUAAUCUUUCUUCAUGGAACAAGAGCUUGGAUCAAGAUUUUAGUAAUGAUUUUUCAAAGCUGCAUGUUGACGACCCUAAUGCCAACAGCCCUACAGGUAUAGAAAGUCCUACAAUCGGUGGAGGUGGAGCAGUAGGAAGAUUGGAUUCGCCUCAUGCUUCUGCCGAGAUAGAAGGUGAAGAAAAUGAAGUAAUCUGCAUUGAUACACCGACAAAGCCGCAACACGAUCUGAUUAGUCUACUGCACGAAGUCACACCCCUGCCCGUGCAGCAUGUGGAAUCAAAAGAUGACGUUUGCCUGACAUUCGCAGAAAUAUUUGUCUUUGUUGAAGAGGAAGAUUGCAACUCUCACGUGCCACAGCAUGUUCGUGAUUUACUUCUUGAAUAUCAACAAUCUAACCCUGACUCCAUUCCUACUUCUCCCGUUGAAUCUGGAGCUGGCAAGGCGACGGAUAGUGCUCUAGAAAAAUAUGAAAAAGGAAUUCCAGUUCAUGGAGACGAAAUGUUCCAUGAUUUUAUGUCUAGGCUACAGAUGAAUCCUGGACAGAUUCUCAGGUACUCACGAGAUAAUAAUGCUGUGUUGCUACCAUACCCAAUGUCAGGGGGUGUCGGUAGAUGCAAGCAUUGUGGAGAAGAGAUGACAUUUGAAUUACAAAUAUUACCGACUGUGAUACCAAAACUAAAAUUGGCCACUCAACAGGAUCAAGAUUUCCAGAUUGAGUUUGGGACAGUUUUAAUAUACACUUGUUCGCACAGCUGUUGGUCCUCAACAGAUAUAUACAGAGAUGAGACAGUUAUUGUGCUACCAGAAAAGUUAAGUUAAUUUUCGAAAGAGGUCUGACUGAGAACAAUAUUUUAAAAACGUACACUAGGUAAAAUAUCCAGUUAACUUUCUAGGAGAUACCGUCCAAUACUCGGUAUAUACCUAAUAGAACUGCUACCGAAUAGCAAAGGUAAUUUAAGUCAAGGGUAAUCUGUGGUCCGCUCACGAACCCUACCUCUAGCCAUAAAUGUUCCUGAAACAAGAUUCAGUAUCUUUUGCUUGUUAGAAUGUUAUUCUUCAAACAAGCAUCUACUAUGUACUAUUCAGAUGACAUAUAUACACAAAUAUAAAUCAGAACAACUACAUGUAAUUGUUUAAUGCUAGUAGUAGCUAAAAGUCUUUUCAUUGACUAUGCAGAUACCAAUGGGUUUUUUAAAAGUUGGCAAUGAAAGUUAAUUGUAAUCGACGGAUCUAUCAGAUUCAUUCAUAGCUACACACCAGCGUAACUUUGACAAGCAAUAGUUAGUAAAUUUUCCAGUGUUACUGAUGAAUAUUUCGUAGAAAAUCUACAACACGAGUCCACAACGAGAAGAGU